UAGUUUUUAAAUUAAUACCAACAUAACAAAAGAUAACAAAAAAAACAUUUAUGGAAUAAAACCCAUAAAAAAAACUACAAAAGUAAUAUUUAAGGCUAAAUAUGAAAACCACUUGUUCUAAAAACCAAUCAUCAUGGAAACAAAAUAAUCAAGGGCUAAAUAUUCUUAUACGGUACAUUAGGGAGUACGGUAUAAGAAUAAGAGUCGCACCCUAGCUGUCCUUUAAGAAAACUUAGAAAAGGAUGCAUUCACUACCCGCCCAGUUGAACCCGAGGGCUGUUUCGAUGAGAAUGGAGGUGAAGAGGGGGCGGAAUGAUGAAGAAGAUCUGUUGGGUAUGAAUGGUGAAUCACAGUCACGUUUGAAGCUUCUCCGCCGAUCAUCGACGUCCAAGAUACGUCUAUCAGAUCGGACUGUAAAGCUGUUAGAAGAGAAGGUAUCCUUUCCAAAUGUAUCCAAGUGUCGACUCAAACACAUCAAAGCCUCAAUCUUCACACCCGGCUUCUGCUUCAGAGAUGCUUACGAAUGCCCCGACCCACGUGCUGUAAGUAAGGAAUAUAGGAUCGGAUCAUAUUUUGACACCCAAUGCCAGGUUUAUUCCGAAACCUUCGUUGAUAUGCCCAAAGCCGAGGUAGGCAAACAACUGGAUGUUUUAGAAUUGCUAGGGGAUGGUGACCUCUUGAGGUUCAGCACUAGUAGCCAAAACGUUCCUAGCAUUCGGCCCACAAAAAGUUCCGAGGGUUUGUGUAAAGGUUUUAAAAAAACAAACACGGGUGGAUCGGGUGAUGGUAGAUGUGAUGUUGAAAGGAUUCAACGCCCCGUGCUCAGGCGUUGUGCUAAUGUUGUUGGGGGUGGUGGUGCCAUGGCCUGUACCACAAGCACAACAACAACAGGCAAAACAGAGUUUGUUAGCAUGGAAAGAACCCUGAACCUAAAGGGUAAACACGUUAUGAUUUGUUGUGUGUUUGUGCCAUCAAUAUGGUGUUCAGAAGACGGGCUCCUGGUUUACCACACAGCCUUAGCUUCUCAUGAGCUGGCUAGAAGAGAUGACUUUGAGCUGGUGGUUGUGCCAAUGAUGAGGGAGGGUUUCACUCACUCUCUCUCUGCCUAUCAACACUUUUUGUCGGGAUUUUCCUGCCUUGCUGUCCCUUUCCAGGACUCUCAUCGGCGUGAGUUCAUUUGCUCAUCACUCGGGUUUGACGGUAAGCUUGACUGUUUGGUUCUAGAUCCAUCCCAGGAGGUGCUUUACCAUGGUCCGCCCCUCUCUUUUCCAUUUGUUGGAGCUGCGCAUGAAUGCUUUCCCUUUACUCCAGAUAGAGAAUGGCUUUUCCUAAGCAGUAAGUAUAAUCGGGAGAAUCGCUCCCUUGGUGAGCUAUUAGGCCUCAGCGACACUGAUGUUCUGUACAAUAUUGAGUAUCUUGCUGGCGGCAGGUUGAAGGAGGAGGAUGGUCAUAGCAUUACUAUUUCUGAGCUUAAACAGAAGGUUGUGGGGGUUUACAUUCACUGGGAUGGCUUGGGACUGAGAUUGGACUCACUACUUACUUGGGAAGCUGUUCAUGCCGCGCUUGAUCCCGAGUGCAAGAUGGAUAUUCCUGUGGAAAAGCUUAAGGGCAAGAUUGUUGUUCUUUAUCUAUACCAAGACUCGCAGAAAUGUCUGGCUGAUAAACUGGCUGCGUGGUAUAAAAGAUAUAUUAAGGGAUGGCAUUCAAAUGUUGAGGUGGUUGCUGUAUGCAUAGAUGUGGACAUGAGAUUCGGCGCCAUGGAUGAGGAAUUCAUGGAUAUGGGUUGGUUGGUAUGCUGUGCAGACCCAACCAAGGCAGCCAGGCUCUGUAAAGAAUACUUUCAUCCUCGCUUGAAGCCACGCGAGGCUCUCGUUGCCUUUGACGAAGAUGGCCGGAUUGCAUCUUUGGAUCCUAACCACAUUUUCCAAUGUAAAGAUCCUCCCUUCCACGGCGAUCUACGUGAAGAGAUUUGUCUGAAGGAUUUUGAAGAUGCUGGGUAUGAUUACAUGCCGCAUUGAUUAUCAAAGGGGUUUACCGUUUACGUAUGGGAUAUAUUUGAUUUUGGAGUUGAUGACCAUGGAUAAUUAUAUAGCAGUAGUAGUUCAAUUAGAUGAUCCUAUUUAGUUAUUUUGAUGGUUUAAGUUUAAUUAUUGUGGUUUCAUUUUAGUUUGGUGAGGGUACAUCUCUGUAAUCACCUCAGAAGUUCCAUGCAUUUUACUCUUUACAUGGACUAGGUCCUUAUACUAUCUAAAAAUAUUUAUGAUGUGUUUGGUGAGCAAUUUAGAUAAGAGUCUUCAUCAUCUAAAAUAUAGAACGGGGCACAGG